AUAAUAUAAGCCUAACCUCAAGUGUAACAUGUUAUUUUUUUCUUAAUUAGUUGAAAUAUAUUCUAUAUAAACCACUUUACUUCUUCAAAUGUUUCAUCAAAUUAAAACAAAAAAAAUGGCAGCAUCCAUCACCGGAAUAACCAUCGAGAACCUUGAAUUUCCGGCGGUGGUGACACCUCCUGGCUCCACCAACUCCUAUUUCCUUGGUGGCGCAGGGGUGAGAGGAGUGUUCAUUGAUGGAGGAUUUUUGAAAGCUACUGGAAUAUCAGUUUAUUUGGAAGAGAGUGCUAUUUCAUCACUUGCUCUAAAAUGGAAGGGUAAGACUGAAGCUGAGUUGUUGGAAUCUCUUGACUUCUAUAGAGAUAUUAUCAAAGGUCCAUUUGAGAAAUUGAUUAGGGGAGGAAAGAUAAUAACAUUGGAUGGUCGUGAAUAUGUGAGAAAGGUUUCAGAAAAUUGCAUUGCUUUCAUGAAAUCUGAUGGAACAUACAAUGAUGAAGAAGAAAAAGCCAUUGAAAAAUUUAGACAAGCUUUUCAAGAACAGCAUUUUCCACCUGGUUCAAGUGUUUUCUACAAACAAUCACCAAAUGGAACAUUAGGGCUUAGUUUCUCAAAAGAUGGAACAAUACCAGAAGAUGAACACAGUGUUAUAGAUAACAAACCACUUUCUGAGUCAGUGUUGGAGACUAUGAUCGGAGAGAUUCCUGUUUCACCUGCUUUGAAAGAGAGUUUGGCUACAAGAAUUCAUGAGUUUUUGAAGAUUGAGAACUUCAAUAUUGGAAACUGAUUAUUGAAAGAACUUCAUAAGUUUGUGAUGAAUAAUGUUAUUAUUAUGUAUGUAUUUUGUUGGUUUUAUUUAUGUGAUGAAAUAAGAUGAGUAUAGCUUAAAAUGCUAACUCAUAUUUAUUGUGUAUGGAAUAUUUGUUUGGUUGAUGUUAAUGAAAAAUUGCAAGAGAUUUUAAUUUGAAAAUACAAAA